AUGCCGACAUCCAAACUUAAGUCCAAACUUAAGUCCAAACCCAAGUCCAAAUAUGGCUUGCUGGGCUACGGCACAGUUGGUCAAGGUGUUGUGCGUCUUCUUUGUCGCAAGGAGUUCGGUGUGUGGCACGAUGUUAAGCGCGAUGUUAAGCGCGAUGUUAAGCACGAUGUUGAUAACGUGCACGACGAAAUGGGGUCAAGUAUCGAGCCGAUCAAGGUGUAUCAGUUAGUGGAAGACGUGGAAUUUGUUUUCGAAGCUACAUGCGGGCCACAUGGCUUACCAUGGGAUGCAUGUCGAUUGGCUCUGGCAUUGGGCAAGACGUAUAUAACCGCGAAUAAGGCCAUGGUUAGCGAGCACUACAUGGAUAUCUUGAGCUGUAUUGAAGACGGUAGUAAAGGAAGGGUUUAUAUCGAGGCGUGCGUCUGCGGGGGAAUGCCCCUUGUCAAAGUGCUGCAGAACCAUAUUCUGCGACCGCAGGAUGACCUACUCAGCUUCUGCGGGAUCGUAAACGGGUCAACCAACUGGCUCCUAUGUGAAGCACAAACACGUCACACCAACUCUGAUCAAACCAACUGUGAUCAAACCAACUCUGAUCAAGACCUCGUGACGCCUAUCAUCCAAGACAUGCAGGACCUCGGCUAUCUUGAGGCGGAUCCCAGCUUCGACCUGGAAGGAGUGGACGCAGCGUACAAGUUGUGUAUCAUCAAGAACUUGUCCCAGAACUUGUCGCCCAACGUCGUGUGCCGAGCUCCUUGCGAAGCUUCCUGGGGGAAGUGUGGCCUGUCAUCCUCACUCGUUGACUACACCCAACGAACUGUGCCGCUAGUAAGGGGUGUGUCUGAAGUUUGUAGAACCGACUUCGACUAUGCAAAAGCGCAAGGAUAUGUGACGAUAAAACUCCUGGCCAUUUGCACCACGCAAGUCACCUGCGUCCUGCCCGCCUUCGUUUCCAACGCCGCCGUUUCGAACGCUCUGGCCACGACCAGCGGAUCUGAGAACACCGUCGUCCUGACCACGGCGCUCCUGGGAACCCUGACCAUCACGGCACCCGGCGCCGGUAUGUACCCCACCGCAUCGGCCAUGAUGAGUGACCUAGCGGUGGCGGACACAAACCCCCAAGACCGCGGCAGUGUCCAGAGCCGACAUAGUGAGUUCGCACAUGAUCGCACAUCGACGACCGACGCAACAGAGUGGGAACCGCGGUUCAUUAUCCGGUAUCCCGACAGCAUGGCGUCCGACGCCCUCAAGAGAGAAGGGGUCUGGUUACAGCCCUGGGUCUACUACCUUUGCUCGCUGUCUACUUUGCAGAACGACAUUAGUGCCAGAUGUUCAGCGACAAAGAACCGGCCUACGGAGAACGGCUCUACGAAGCCGACCAGCGGCCAGUCUAUUGAUGAGCUGAUGAUUUUUGCUGUCGUUUAG